AUGCUCUCAUACCAACUUAUAUUUUUCACUGCAAUGGUUUAUUGUUAUUGUUAUACAUCGCCAACGAUGACAUCAAGCUUGCGGUUACGAACCCUUAUUUUGGGCAAACAAAGGUGGAUCAAACCUAGAAAUUUUUAUCAGUUUUGUGACAAGUACGCUAUCGGAUACGAGAACAAGAAGAACAACUCACUUCGUAACCACAAGAUCUUGAGAUUUAAUGAUGGAUCCGUCGCGAACUACCGAAUUUAUGAGUUUGAAAUCUACAAUUUUAACUCUGAUUCAUGGAAGGUUUUUGACUUCACUCCCGACUGGGAUAUCUCUUUUACUGACCUUAGCGUGUCUCUCAAGGGGUAUACUUACUGGCUGAUCCGUUCCAACGGGCUGAUCCAAGAAUAUUAUGCUCGAAGUCUGAGGAAAAUGAUGAUCAAGAAUUAUUGA